GUCGGAUCCAUAAUUAACCCGCAGUGAUCCUGACUUAAUUACUGUCACCUGAUGAGCAAUUAACUUCCUCUUUAAACGUUCACAGGGCGCAAACUCAUGCUUUCUUUUCUUUUGCUGUCCUAGAAGCAGCCCUGAGAUUUAUUUCUGUUUUUUGUUUUUGUUUCAAAAUGAGCAAAACAGAGAAACCUUUAUCCACUCUUUGGGGUUGUGAACUCAACGAAUCUAAUAAAGAAGAGUCCUUCAAGACGGAUGAUACGAACCAUCAACACCAGCUGGCACUGAGAACGAUGUGUCUGGGUCACACCGCCAAAGAUGAGUUCAAUAUCGUCGAGUUGGUCACUGGUGAGGGCAACAGCAGCGCGAAAGCGGUUCCCAUAGCAACACUUCACGCUAAAUCUAUGCCUACGGUCAACCUGUCUGGAUUGGAUCUUCAUCCGCCCGUGACCUUUCGCCUGAAGCACGGCUCUGGGCCGGUGUACGUCGGAGCGGAACAUGUGGCCCUGGAGGAGUACUCUGACGAUGAAGAGAUGGAUGAAGAGAUGGAUGAGGAGGUAGAAGAAGAGGAGGAAGAUAUUGAAGAAUCACCGGUUAAGAAAGUCACAAAAAAUGGUGCUGGCAAAAGAAAGAAGCCAGAAAAGGGAGAGGAUGAGGAAGCCUCAGAUGGAGAAAAUCCACCUAAAAAGGGUAAAGGAAGGGGACGUAAGGCGCAAGCUGCAAAGAUGUGGAUGGGAAGCAGCACGUUCCCAGAAGGCCGCUGCUGGACAUCUGAGUUGGGAGCUCCAAUUUCUCACCGUGGUCCCAUUGUAGUUCUGCUGCUUGUCAAUAAAACUGUUGGAGGGGAAAGCAAACUGGUCUCGUUUUCUCUAAAACCAUUUUGUCUGUAGAAGAAAGUAUGACUG